AAUGAUGAUGAACUCCCUGUUGAUGAUGACAAUGAUAGAUUAAUAGAUGAACUUCAAGCAGAUAUUGAAGCACUUAAUUUUCCAAAUAUAAUGUAUCUUGAAGAAUAUAUCAAUUAUUUGGGUAAAAAAGAUAUACAUGAAGUAUUGAGUAAUCAGGAAAUUUUGAAACUGAUUAUUAAUUCUGAACCUGUAGAGAAUAAAAGCGUUGAAGAGGAAGAUGAUAGCAUGGAAAUAAGCCAAAUUAAAAUACUUGAACAAUACAUUGUGCAGAAAGAUUUCAGCGAAACAGCCCAAUCUGAAUAUGAUGAUACUUUAUUAAAAUUACAAAAUGAAAUAAGAAAAAUUCGCAUUGCCACUUUCAAGCAAACAAACAUUGAAA